AUGAUUGCCUUGCAAGAAACGAGUUCAGAAGACUUAGGUUUCAAACUUUCGACCAAGCCCGAAGGUAUUCGCAUCUUCAAUGAUACGAUAGAUUUUCUGGAAGGAGAUAAAAAUGAUUUGAAUCUAUUAUCAAUUGGAAACUUGACGGGGUAUUUUGCAUGUUCGAAUAUGUCGUCCAUAGUUUUGGAUAAGCUCUCGUUGCUUGAGACGGGAGAUGUGGCGGAGGGACAUGAAAUCAGACGAAUUGAAAACUUGACCAAUGUAUCGCAAUUGACGUUCAAUUGCGAUGAGUCGGAGCUUUAUGUGGUCAUAGACGGAAAUUUGAAAGUGAUUAAUAUGGGUCAGUACGUAACAUCGGAAGUGGGUUCUGAAAUCAUUAAGGAAAUCGAAAAUAUUGAAGAAAAGUAUAUACAAGGUGUCAAGGUUAUUCACCCGUCGCCUGGAUCGCCUGAUUCAGUUGCAUUAAUUAAUAAUUUGGACGAAUUAAUCUUGAUUGAUUCAGGAGUUGCUAAGGCAUUACAAUCUGGUGUUUCUUCUUUUUGUUGGGCUAAAAAUGGAGAAACGAUAUAUUACGGCACUUCUUCAUCUGCGGAUGUAACAGCUGUGUCUGCGAACGGUGAAGUUCUUUUUAAAAUCCUGAAUUCUGCUGUAUCUGACCCAUCUGAAGUUAGCUUAGUUAGUAUCGUUGAGUUGGAGUCGAAUUCUAAGUGGUUUGCUGUUUAUGAUAGAGGAGAAGGCGAGCCAGAGGACCACGAAUACCAAAUCUAUAUCAUCGAAAAGGCUGAUGACCAUACAUAUGAAUUCUAUGAAAGUGACAUUGCACCACCUUUUGGAUCAGUGACCCGUUUUGGUACCUAUUACUUGCUGUCUUUGUCUAAUUGGUCUUCGGGACAGGCAUUGGUAUUUGUUACUUCGUCAUUGGCAACUGAAGUCAGCACUCUUUUUAUAAAUGCCGAAGGAAGGAUUGAAUCUGUUACUCAAUUAAAUGACUCUGAUAGAGCUCAGUUCCCCAUUAAUGAUGAUACUGGUGAUGAUGCAUCGCCAAUUGGUCUUGGUCUUGAUUUGACUUGUCUUGAAUCUGUAAUCACAGAACCAUGUAGUGGAAUUGACGAAGCUAAAGGUACUCUACCAAAGCUCUGGUGUUUAACACAUGAAGGGACAUUAAUAAGUUGGUGGAUUUUUGAUGUCCACGGCUUGAAAAAUGGAAAAGUAAAUCUACAAAGAGCGCUCGAUUAUUUAAAACAGGAAAAAGUUGGCUCUACUAAACCAUCUGACAAAAAAGAAGAAAAUAGCAUUAACACGAAAUUAUUGAAUUCGAAUGCAUCCGCUACAUCUAGUAGCGAGAAUCCAGGGCAGUCUAUAAAUCAACCCUUAUCUAAUACGCCAAAUGACAAAACUGGCUUCGGUGCAUCGGCAUUUGGUACUUCCAAGAUUGGAUCUUCUUCAUCAGGUGCUGCCUUUGGCUCGACUGGAUUUGGCUCAACUGGGUUUGGAUCUAGCUCUUCUGGUUCUGGUACGGGUACUAGUACUGGAUUUGGUUCGACUGGCUUUGGCUCAUUUUCUAAGCCCUCUGAAUCUUUUGGCUCAACCGGCUUUGGGGGAUCGAAAAAAUCAUCUGAGUCUGGGUUUGGCUCAUCGGGUUUUGGUUCAUCGGGUUUUGAUACUACCGGUUUUGGAUCCAACACUUCUGAAUCAAUGGAUGAUAAUAAGUUUGGAAAUACCGGGUUUGGUUCAAGUACAGCAAGUUCGAACAAUUUCAAAUCAGCAGGUGGAUUUGGAAAGUAUUCCAAUAAUAACACUAGUUCGCAGAAUCAAAGUUCUCCGUUUUCGAGCUUAGGAAAUAAAGAAAGCCCAUUUGCUGGCGCUAGUAGAGACGAAUCGCCAUUUGCGAAAUUUGGUAAAGAAGCUCAACCUGCAACUGAAAAUAAAACAGAAUCUCCUUUUGCUAAAUUCGGUAAAGAUACUUCAUCAGAAAAUAAAACAGAAUCGCCAUUUGCUAAAUUUGAAGAAGCUUCAUCUGAAAAUAAAACAGAAUCGCCAUUUGCUAAAUUUGGUAAAGAAGCUCAACCCACAACUGAAAAUAAAACAGAAUCUCCUUUUGCUAAAUUCGGUAAAGAUACUUCAUCAGAAAAUAAAACAGAAUCUCCAUUUGCUAAAUUUGGUAAAGAAGCUCAACCCACAACUGAAAAUAAAACAGAAUCUCGUUUUGCUAAAUUUGAAGAGGCUUCAUCUGAAAAUAAAACAGAAUCUCCUUUUGCUAAAUUUGAAGAGGCUUCAUCUGAAAAUAAAACAGAAUCUCCUUUUGCUAAAUUCGGUAAAGAUACUUCAUCAGAAAAUAAAACAGAAUCUCCUUUUGCUAAAUUCGGUAAAGAUACUUCAUCAGAAAAUAAAACAGAAUCUCCAUUUGCUAAAUUUGGUAAAGAAGCUCAACCCACAACUGAAAAUAAAACAGAAUCUCGUUUUGCUAAAUUUGAAGAGGCUUCAUCUGAAAAUAAAACAGAAUCUCCUUUUGCUAAAUUUGAAGAGGCUUCAUCUGAAAAUAAAACAGAAUCUCCUUUUGCUAAAUUCGGUAAAGAUACUUCAUCUGAAAAUAAAACAGAAUCUCCAUUUGCUAAAUUUGGUAAAGAAGCUCAACCCACAACUGAAAAUAAAACAGAAUCUCCUUUUGCUAAAUUCAGUAAAGAUACUUCAUCAGAAAAUAACACAGAAUCUCCAUUUGCUAAAUUUGGUAAAGAAGCUCAACCCACAACUGAAAAUAAAACAGAAACUCCGUUUGCGAAGUUUGGUAAGAAGUCGGAUACCACUUUUAACAUAAUCCAAUCUUCUGAUUCGAGUAACCAAAGUGUCACUUCUAACGAAGAGACUUCAUCUGAAACUCCAGUCGAAGGAGAAGCCAAGCCUGAGAGCCUAGAUUUAUUAUCGCCCCUGAAAAAUGAAAUUAAUGAAAAUAAAGAUAAGGUCGCAAGUCAUGUCGGUAAUAAUGAAGAAAAACAAGGAUCAUUAUUCAAGAGUUUACAAAGAAAUGCAAUGGGAGCUGAUAAGCAAUCGGACUCUGAAACGUCAAGUCCGGAAUCAAGUGAAUCUGAAUCUUCGGACGAAUCAGAUGAUAUUGCUGCAUCGAAACCAAAGGAAAAUGUAUCAAAUCUUCUUGAAUCCAUGGAUAUAAAGUCCAAUAAUGAGCCAUCUAAAUCAGGAAAUUUACAUGAGUCUACUACCAGAAUUGACAGAACAGAGAACUCUGGCAUUUCGCCUUCUUCUGGUGCUAAGAAACAAGAUGAAGUCGAUUCAAAUCAACAAGCAUUGACUCCUCCUUCGCCUCUCGAAUUUUUAACAUUUGAGGGUAUCCAGGGCCCUGUUAAAGGUGAAUCGAACAUCGUAUCAAAAAAAAUUGUUGACGUUUAUAACGAAACGUGUGGUUAUUUGAUUAUCAUGGAGAAUAAUGUACAAAGAUUGGCUAAAUUCAUCGACGAUCAUAAUACAACGGUUGAUAGGCCGGAUCACAAAAGAUCUUUGGAUACGCCUGACUUAUGGAGAUUAGCAUCUAGUACUGAUUUAAAUUCUAUUAUUGGUCAAGUAAAGCCUGCAUUAUCGAGUAUUUUAAAGUCAUCGCAUGAUUUGGAUUCUUCCCUAACUAAUUUAACCGCAAAGGUCGAAGAAAGCCAAGUACAAAGGGUCAAGAUUGACAAAUUGUUGAGUCAGUUAUCUCUUUUCAACAAGGAAUCGAACUCUUUAGUAUUAACAAAGCGUCCAUUAGAUUUCCAUAAUGAAUCGUUGCAAACGUCUUUGCGCCAAAAAUUAAGAAGAGUGAAAGACUUGGAAAAUGAACUUAUAAGUAAAAUGAUGCCUUUCAAAGCUAGAUCGAGGACAGACGAAAACAUCUUAAAGAAUUUAGAAAAGGUUAUAUUCCAAAUGAAUGAAAGUGCGUAUGACCACUUGAAAGAAAUCAAUAGCUUGUCGGUGGAAUUGUGUGAUUUAAAAUUACAUAAUGAAAGCGAUUCCGAAAUGCCGAAGAAUAAUCAUAAACAACAGAGCAAUCAGGCUUCUGUUAAAUGGAUUUUAAGUAAGGAAUUGAAGAAUAAUAGCAAUUCCUCUCCUAGACUUGUUAGUCUUCACAGAAAAUAA